AUGGGAUUCCUCUCCAUUCUGCCCGAGAGCCUCAAGGCGCUGGAGACGUGGAUCACGCGCAUCUUUCUUUUCCUGGGCCUCUUGGCCAUCGGCCCAUGGGUCGCGCUGCUCAUCUACGACAUACUCUUAUACCUCUUCCGCGCUUGCGUACACGAGAUACCCGUCGUCGGCGGCCGUGCCCAGGGAAAGGACAGGCCACGCGCUCCCAGUCUGACGGAGCGGCCCAGCGGCCGUCGUCGCAAGUUCAGUCUCCGCGGCUUCGACCGGCCGGUGCUGAGUACGGGAGGCGCCAAUGUAGACGCGCGCGAUGCCCGGCACCGUCGCAUAACAGAGGUGACGGUGGGCGACUCGUCGUGA